AUGAGAGCUGAUCUUAUAAUUAACAUUCUCUUAAUUCUAUCAUUCAUUACCCAAUCAUCGUUCUCCAAAUCACCAGAUGAAGGAAAAAGCAGAAGAAUUUUGCAUCAGCCCUUAUUCCCAGCCAGCACAACCCCACCACCACCACCUCCUCCGCCAUCGCCGCCGCCACCUGCUGGGCCCGACACUCUCAACCCGGACCAGCCAUUCUUCCAUGAGCUCCCGAACGGGCCUCCCACGGAUCAGGCCCAACAACCACCGUCACCCAGCAGCAGCAGCACCACGCCGGUGGCCAAUUCAGUCACCACUCCCACAUCACACCCCGCCAAAAAAGUCACAAUUGCUGUAGCAUCGGGAGUUCUCGCACUGGCCCUGAUAUCAGCACUCGCAUUUUACCUCUACAGGCAGCGGUCGAAAAAUCAGGACGAGUCCCAGAAGCCCUUCGGUCCAAACUCACAUACAGCCGCCAGCCAAGAAUCGAGAGUUCCACCGUCCAACUUCCUCUACAUAGGGACUGUCGAGCCCUCUGCACAAAGCGUUGCAAGCGAGACCAACGGCGCUAAUGACUCCCCGUAUAGAAAACUGAACCCUGGGAAAAGAUCCGAGCGGUACCGGCCCAGCCCUGAGCUGCAGCCGCUGCCGCCACUGCCAAAGCCGCCGCCGGCAGCAGCCAUAAGCUCGCCACCGCCAAUGUCUUCUUCGGAUGAAGAGAGCCACGACACCAAUUUCUACACCCCGCAAGGGUCGAGCAUGAGCAACGAGUCCCCUGGCUCACGGCAUAAUUAUGCGAAUAACCUCAUCACCCAAAUAAACCAGGUAAAUGGCACCAGGCAGGAAAAUCAUGGCCGGGUGCCCCAUUCAAAGCGAACUUCACCAAGAUCACGGCUUUCUGCUUCGUCCCGAGACGCAAAGCCUGUGAUAAUACCAUCCAUCAGACAACCGCCGCCGACAGAGGCAGUGUCGAUUUCUUCUUCAGGGCCGUCGCCAUUGGACAAGAUGUUAAAUUAUACUCACAAAAGACCGAAAUUCGCGGGGCCACCUCCUCCGCCUGAUAUGGCAAGGCUCCAGUCAAUUAGCAAUGAAGAUCAACCGGCACACAAGAUCUCAAUUCCUCCUCCACCACCACCACCGCCUCCACCUCCACCUCCACCUCCGGCAGUGGCGGCGGCAAAGCAGUCGAUCCCAAUAAAAUUUGGAGCUGCAGAGCCGAAUACACCUUCGCCAGUUUCAAAAAAAGUGACGAGGCCAGAGUCGAUGAGUCCGAGUUCCAAGGGAAGUUCAGGGACUGAGAACAUAGUAGUCCCCAGUGGUUGUGAUGCUUAUAAAGGUGUCGGGUCGUCAGGGAAAGAAGACAGGGAGGAUAAAGAUGGAUCGAGGCCUAAACUGAAGCCUUUGCACUGGGACAAAGUACGGGCUACAUCAGAACGAGCCACGGUUUGGGACAACUUGAAGUCAAGCUCCUUCCAGUUGAAUGAGGAUGCCAUGGAGUCGCUAUUCAGCUGUAAUUCCACAGUUUCAGUUACUAAAGAAACAGGAAAUAGAAAGUCAGCUUUACCCGCUUCGGAGAAGGAGAAUAGAGUGUUGGAUCCAAAGAAAUCGCAGAACAUUGCUAUAUUGAUACGUGCGUUAAAUGUAACAAGAGAAGAGGUUUCUGAAGCACUUUUAGAUGGAAAUCCCGAGGCAUUGGGUCCAGAGCUUUUGGAGACUCUAGUGAAGAUGGCACCAACCAAGGAGGAGGAGAUAAAACUCAAAGAUUACAGUGGCGACGUCUCAAAACUAGGAUCAGCAGAGAGAUUCCUCAAGGGAAUACUAGAUAUCCCAUGUGCAUUCAAAAGAGUGGAGGCCAUGCUGUACAGAGCAAACUUCGACACGGAAGUCUUGUACUUGAGAAAGUCUUUCCAAACUCUCGAGGAAGCUAGUGAAGAACUGAAGAACAGCCGCCUGUUCCUUAAACUUCUAGAAGCUGUUCUAAGAACAGGCAACCGCAUGAAUGACGGUACCAAUCGAGGAGAUGCCAGAGCUUUCAAACUGGACACGUUGUUGAAACUAGCCGAUGUAAAAGGGGCAGAUGGAAAAACGACCUUACUCCAUUUCGUGGUCCAAGAGAUUAUCCGGUCAGAAGGAGCGCAUCCCGAUCCCGCACCCAAAACCCUUCCGGAUAAAGCCAAUUUUGAAUUCAAAGAAGAAGAAUUCAGAAAGCAAGGUCUGCAGGUGGUGUCCGGGCUAAGCAAAGAGCUCGGCAGUGUAAAAAAGGCAGCGGGAAUGGAUGCAGACGUUUUGAGCGGCUACGUAUUGAAGCUAGAAACAGGACUCGAUAAGGUCAGAUUGAUUAUGCAGUACGAGAGACAAGAAUUACAAGGUAAAUUCUUUGACUCUAUGAAAGAUUUUCUUAAGGAAGCUGCUGUAGAAAUUGCGAGAAUCAAGGCGGAGGAAAGAAAAGCUCUGUCGCAGGUGAAACAGGUGACCGAGUAUUUUCAUGGGGAUGCCGCAAAAGAAGAGGCUCAUCCUUUGAGGAUUUUCUUGAUUGUACGAGAUUUUCUGGGUAUACUGGAUAACGUGUGCAAAGAUGUGGGGAGUAUGCAGGCAGGGGCAACAGUGGGGGCCGGUCGAUCGUUCAGGAUGCCAGUGAAUGCAUCUCUACCAGUGCUUAGUAGAUACAAUGCACGCCAUGAGGAAGAUUCUGAUGAUGAUUGA